CGCGAAGAUUCCACCAUCAGGGCAGGUGCAUCCGACUUGAGGUGUACAUUGCACUGGCGGCAAUUGUAAGCCCUCAAGAAAGGGAAAGCGUUUUCCCGCGAGAGCGCCGACACUGCCAACGCAGGAUAUAAAUCGACGACCUGGAAUCCUCACACAACGGCCCUCGUCAACCCGGCCCUCGUCAACCAAACUGGGCGACGCUUGAACCACUUACCUGAGCCGUUUAAACACUCGCAAUAUCCCGUUCACCUGCUCGAUAUCAGUCAAACCUAGAUAGAGAUCCAGGCCCCAUCGACCAUCAUGGCUCCGAGAAUCCUAUGGAUUGGCCUGGGGAACAUGGGCCGGGUAAGUGCAGGGUGACAAGCGUCAGAAGCAGCGUAUAUCUAACGCGUCUGGCAGGGGAUGUGCAAAAAUAUCGUGGAAAAGGGGGACUUUGAGCAGCCGCUCCUCCUCUACAACCGCACCAAGCAGCGCUCUCUCGAGUUCAGCGAGAAGUUCCCCUCAGGGAAGACCGAGGUCGUAGACUCGAUCGCUGCGGGCGUUGCCAGGGCCGACAUCAUAUUCACCAUACUCGCCAAGGACGACGUCGUAGAGGCUGUAGCAGACGAGAUCCUCAAAGCGGGCGACGUCAAAGGCAAGCUCAUUGUCGAGUGCUCCACCAUCCACCCAGAGACCACCACACGCCUUGCCAAGACCUUCCAUGACCGCGGCGCCGAGUUCGUUGCCGGCCCUGUCUUUGGCGCGCCCGCCAUGGCCGAGAUCGGACAGCUGGUCGGCGUGCUGGCAGGCCCGACGGAGUCGGUCCAGAGAGCCCGCCCCUACUUCAAGGGUGUCAUGUCCCGCAGCGACAUCGACAUGAGCGGCGAGUCGUAUGAGAGAGCGCUCCAGCUGAAGCUGGUAGGAAACACGUUCAUCCUGAACAUGGUGGAGCAGCUCUCGGAGGGCCUGGUGCUGGCGGAGAAGUGCGGGCUCGGGACCAAGUACCUGCACGACUUUGUCGAAAACAUCCUCCCCGGUCCGUAUGCGGCUUAUUCGACCCGCAUCCAGUCCGGGGCCUAUCACCGGAUGGCAUACCCCUUGUUCCCGGUUGACCUCGCCCGGAAAGACGCCAGGCAUGCACUUAGUUUGGCCGAGGCCUCCGGCACACGGCUGAGGAACGUCGAGGUGGCGGAUGCGCAUCUGGCCCAGGUGCAGGAGCACGACGGAGCGAAGGGCGACAUUGCUGGAAUCUACGGCGUUGUCAGGCAGGAGGCUGGGUUGAAGUACGAGAACAACUGAGCGGGGGCGCAAUAGGCGUGGCAGAAGUCCCUAGAGAAGAGAAGCAUGCUUAUUAAAAACAGGAUUAGCAAUGAGACAUGUCAUGACACCGAAGUACGCCGCAGACAGAGCUCACUGUCCUGCCGUGUAUUAGCAGUUCCUAAA